AUGGAAGAAACAGCUAAAGCCAACUACACCAAGAAACCAAGACACAUGCGCCGCUCAUUCAAGAUCCGCAAAAACACCAAACUCCCAGGCGGGCUACCAGUCGAGCAAGAGGCGUCCCUCAAGCAGAGUCGGCGAGCACAUGUCGGCAACGAUGACCCAUCAAUGCCCAUAGACCGCAAAGUGGCGAUUGUGGGUAUAGGCUGCCGCUAUGCCAACGGCAUCGACUGCGUCCGGAAGUUCUGGGAGGUGUUGGCAAAGGGGUUGGACUGCACAACGCCUCCUCCAGCUGAUCGUUUUGACAGCUCCUUCUUCCUGUAUCCAGGUAAAAAGUUGCCCGGGAAGAUGUUCAACAAGUGUGCUGGGUACUUGGCCAACAAUCCUGAGAUGUUUGACAGACAGUUCUUCAAGAUUUCACCAGAGGAAGCCAACCAACUGGAUCCCCAGGUCCGUCUGAUGCUUGAGGUCGUCUGGGAGGGUCUUGAAGACGCAGGUAUUCCUGUAGCUACAGUUCGAGGGUCCAAGACCGGGGUCUACAUGGGUGUCACCGCCAGCGAGUAUGGCGUCCUCGUGGCCAUGCCAAACGAGAACAUCAACCAGUACACUAACUCCGGGACCAACUCCUGUAUGGCUGCCAAUCGGAUCUCAUACGAGUUUGACUUCCGCGGGCCAAGCUUCAUUAUCGAUACCGCGUGCUCUUCAUCACUGUAUUCGAUACACACAGCCUGCGAGGCGAUUCGUAACGGGGACUGCGACAUGGCCGUUGCAGGUGGUGUCAACAUCUCCCUCCUUCCUGUGACGAGUAUUGGAUUCUGCCAGGCAGGGAUGCUGUCCCCGGACGGUAAAAGCAAGAGUUUUGACCGCUCAGCUGAUGGCUACGCACGCGGUGAAGGAGCCGGGGCUGUGAUACUGAAACCACUUCGCCAGGCACUUGAAGAUGGCGACAGGGUCUAUGCAGUGUUACGUGGUGGCGCCCUUCAUAAUGAUGGCAGGACACCAGGAAUCGCCAACCCUAGCUUCGACGCCCAAGUGUCCCUUGCUGAGAUUGCUUAUAAACAUGCCAUGACCGACCCGGAGGAUGUCGCCUACGUUGAGGCACACGGCACUGGCACACAGAUCGGGGACAGGACUGAAGCUAAUGCACUGGGCGAGGCAAUGAGUCUUAACCGCAAGCCUGAGCACCCUCCACUCUACAUUGGCUCCGUCAAGUCCAACAUUGGUCAUGCUGAAGGGGCCGCUGGUGUAGCGGGAAUCAUAAAGACAGCCCUGAGCGUAUACUACGGACAGAUCCCUAAAGUUGUUCAUUUCAGACAGGGAAACGAAAAUGUUGACUUUGAAGGGUUGAAUAUGCGAGUACCAGCUGAGCUGACUCGCUGGCCGAAAGGAGCCAAGAAACUUGCUGGUUGUAGCUCCUUUGGCUUCGGUGGAGCGAAUGCUCAUCUUGUCCUCGAAGGUCCUGCCCAAUCACCAACGAAAGGAGACCGAGGGUCGAGUUCAUCCCCUCCACAACCACAGGUGCAGCCUGAGCGAGAGACAAUCGUGCCCAUGAUACUCUUCCUGUCUGCCGCUAGUAAGGAUGCUCUACGACAGCGGAUGCAAGACUGGAUCAGCUACCUAAACAACAUCAUCGGGAAUGACUCCAGGGCGUUCAGCAAUGCCCUUUGCACGGGGGCAGUACGUUCCACCCAUCAUCAGUAUAGGAUUGGUGUCAUUGCCAGGACGGCUCGGGAAGCAGCCGAGCAAAUCCGCCUGAAGGUUGAGCAUGAUCCCAGAGUUGCAUAUAACGUGAUUGAGGGGAAGACACCGGAAGGCCACAACGGGCACAGGCUGGUGUUUGUCUUCAGUGGAAUGGGGACACAGUGGUGGGGAAUGGCCAGGCAGCUCAUGGAAGACGAGCCGCAGUUCAGGAGUGUUAUCAGGAGGAUUGACAAGAUUCUAAUCAAGUGUGGUGCCAAGUGGUCCCUACUCCACAUGCUGAGCAAAGAAACAGACCGCGAAAAAAUCAAACAAACAGAAAUCGCACAGCCCUGCAUCUGCUCUGUUCAAAUUGCCUUGGCUGAGCUCUUCCGAAUGCGUGGUGUGACACCGGACGCAAUCAUUGGCCAAAGUAUCGGCGAGGUAGCAGCUGCUUACGCCGCUGCUCUCAUUUCAUUGGAGGACGCCGUUAAGUUAAUUUACAUACGUGGCAGACAACUCCGCAAGACAAGCGGUCUUGGCGCAAUGGUGGCCGUUCUACAUGCCGUUGAGGAGGUCCAGGCUCGUUUAGAGAACAGUGAGUUUUUAAGUGUCAUCGACGUUGCCGCAGUGAACAGCCCAACGCAGGUUGUUCUGUCUGGGGAUUGUGAGUCAGUGGCCAGGUUUGUUGAUACUCUUAAGAGAGAUGGUAUCCGAUGCGUGACCCUCAAAGUCCAGAAUGCCUACCACAGCUACCAACAAGACGACAUCAAGAAGGACUUCCUGAAGAAGGCAAAGUUUCUAGAGACCUCUAAUAAGGACAGCAUUAUCAACAACCCUGUUAUUCCCAUGAUGUCAACUGUUACCAACGAGUAUCUAGACCGGGAGACGGCAAACAGUCCAGAGUACUGGUGGAAGAACAUCAGGCAGAGCGUCCUCUUCCGUGGGGCAUGUGAGAAGCUCCUGAAGGAGGGAUACACCAGCUUUUUGGAAGUCAGCCCCCAUCCAUCCCUGUCGCCAGCCAUACGGGAUUGCCUAUCAGCUAACCCAGCAUCCAACAAACGCUUUGUAACAGGCUCAUUGAGACGGCCAUCUGAUAUUAGGGAUGUAGCAGACGACAAGGUGAAUAUUCUCCGGUCUCUGGCAAGGCUCCACGUGGAAGGCUAUCCCAUCGACCUGAACUUGUUAUUCAGGGAUGGCGAUUUCAAAGUCAUGUCUCUGCCUACAUAUCCCUGGCAGAGAGUCCUGUGCUCUGGAACCACUGAGAAGAGUCUGAAGAUGUUCCGUUUCCCCGCUAAGAAUCAUCCCCUGUUAGGGAAAUCACAGAGCCUGUCUCAUUUCAGCACCGAUAAUGGGCCUCGGGUGUGGUGUGCCAAGUACAGCAUGGCCACAGUGCCAUGGCUACGAGAUCACAAACUCCAGGGUAACAUUGUUAUCCCAGCUGCAGGACAGACUGAAAUCAUGCUUGCGGCUUCCAAGGCCAUGUAUCCCGAUAGUGAGACCAUCACACUCAGAGAUGCCUCGUUUGAAAGGUUCAUUUUCCCAUCUGAUAUGAAGGGCAUGCUCGAGAGCACUGUGGUCACAAAGCCAAGGGAAGCUCAGUUUGCACUCCGAAGCUUCAAUCAGGCCGAUGAGAAAUGGACUCUGCAUGGUAAAGCCAGCAUCGACAUACCUGGGAAGUCUAGAUUGUCCUACCAUCAACUUGAAGACCAGUUCCACUGUCUGAAAUUGGCUAUUGAUGACAUACGGCGCAAGUGCCCUUACGAGGUCCAACAAGAAGAGUUCUACGCCAGACUUUGGAAGGGUGGGUUUCAUUUGGGGGAUACCUUCAGAUGUGUCAACACAGCAUACUUCAGUCCAGACUACAGCGAGGCCUUGCUGUACGCAUCUAUUCCAGAAGCACUUGAGAAGGAAUUCCGUCAGUAUGUCUUCCAUCCGGCCUUGUUAGACAGCAUGUUUCAAGGGAUUGGAAUUUGUCAGAUGUUUCUGGAACAAGAGAAGGCUCGAAACAACCACAAUGUUUUCAAGACAUGGUUCCAGGUACCAAGGUCUGUUCAGAAGGUACGAGUGAAAGGUACUGCUCCCUCACAGGUAGCAUUCCAUGUUCGGAUGACCCAUGUUGAGAAAGGGGAAACAGUUGGGGAUGUUGUAGCAGCGGAUGCCACCAACCAGUGGGUUUUUGCUCAAGUUGACAGACUGGCCUUUGAGAAUGUUCACUCCAAUGAGCCCGAUGAGAAAGUGCAGCUUUGGAGGCGAGAGUGGGCACCAAUCCAUGUUGAUUUCUCAGAGACAGCCCUCCACCAAAUACCCAUGAAGCGAAUGCAUUCUCGGCCUCUCAGCGCUAUUGGGUCGGAGAACCCUGGGGCGAUCAUCAUCAUCAAAGACAAGCAAGGGGUUUCCACCGAACUCAAGAGGCGAAUGGAGAUGGAAAGUGUUGUAAGCGUGCUGGACCCAAGAAUCCUUGUUGACGGGGACGAGAGGUUCAGACGUGUUCUACGGUCACUAGGUCAAGUAACUGAUCUCAUCAUGCUCUCAACACUUGACACAAAACAACUUGGAUCCCUGUCAAGCAUUAACAUAGACAACUUUGAGGAGGCCCAGACUAUGACAGCUACAUCUCCAAUAAGUCUUUACCGAGCCAUUGUCAAACAUGAUGCCAAGGUGAAGCCAAGAUUGUGGAUGGUCACACGGGCAGCACACGCUGUCCAUGACACUGACAUAGCAGACCCAAUGAUGGCGCCUGCAAGUGCCGUUAAUCUCACCCUCAUGCACGAAGACCCAGAGUUUCCCUUGGUAACUGUUGAUUUGCCCUCUUUGCUUGAUCCAGAGGAGUCUGCUGAAUGGUUGUACCAAUAUAUGCGAUCAGCACCAACAGAUGAAAACUUUGUGGCUCUACGACGCAAAAUGCCAAUGCAAGCUGUUGAUCAUACGAAAGAACUGGCAUUUGAAGCACAGGCUCUACGAAUUGUCAUGCAACCUCAGUCUAGCUUCUCAGCACCUACUCUCUCUUCAAACUGGCAAGUGGAUGUGGACGACACACUCAAGCAGAAGCGGCUCGUGGUGAAGCAAAACCAAGAAGCACCUAAGGUGACAAGCUCAGAGGACAUUGCAGUCAGGCUCUCAGCAUUCUCUGUCCAACAGCAAAAGGAUGCUCCGGAAAAAUCAACAGGUCUCAGCUAUCUGUUUGCUGGGAAGAUCAACAACUGCAGCGAAGAGCUUCAGGUACUGUUCAGAAUGAGACACAAUGUGCUUGGUCUACGAUCUGGUGGCAAGAUAAAGGCUACAAUCUGGGCGAACGCCAGUGAACUUGUACCCAUCCCAGCAAACCUGACCCCUGUUGAGGCGAUUAAUAUCGUCAGGGACUACCUGCCAGCAUUUGUUGCCUUCCAUGAUACACUGAAGCUUAACGAGAAUGGCUCAGUGAUCAUAUGUCUCUCAUCUCUACGAGACAGGGUUGGAUUGGCCACCACGCAUCUCGCUCUGGAGCAAGGUGCCAAUGUGUUUCUUCAUGUGGAGACUGACGAUGACAACAUCCUCCCUGUGGAGAAGCUCCUUGGUAUCCUGGGUGACUCUCGUGUGGUCAUCACAUCAGGGGAUAACUUCCAUACCCUUAUCAAUGAUGGUUCUGUUGAUGUUCUCCUGUUUGCAGGUGAGAUGCCACAAGACAGUAACAACCUCAAGAAGCUUGUCGGCAAACUUAGCCCUUUUGGUACAAUAGUACACAUCCACGGCCGAAAUGGCCCAUCAGAGUCUCGCCUCAAUGUUAUGCCACCAAAUAUAUACUUCCUAUCCAUCGACAUGGGGCUGGGUCGCUUUGACCAAAUGAAACCUAGACUUCAGGACUCAAUGAUUCGUCUACUACAGAUGUUUAGUGUCCAUAACGGCUUCCAGGCACUCAAGACUCUCACAGUCCCAACUGCUCCAAUAUCUAAGCUUUCUCGUUCUCCACAUGCCACCAUAGAGGACAUGACUGUGUGCAUUGAUGAGGAAAGCAUCCCCACUACCCUAGACUUUGAUGACAUCAAUUUCACAGCCAACGGUGAUGCAGCUUACUUGGUAACAGGUGGGUCAAGAGGCUUCGGGCUGAUGACUGUUGAGUGGUUAGUUAAGUCUGGUGCCCGUCACAUUUACAUCAUAUCGAGAUCCACUCCAGAGGAGGAAGCUGUGCUGAAAUUCAAGUCAUUCCGGGAUACAGGGGCCCGUAUAACUCACCUCAAAGUUGAUAUGUCUAAAGAUCACGAAGUAGAGAAAGCUCUCGCUGCUAUACGUGACAAUGAAGAUCUGCCACUAGAGGGAAUCUUUCACUGUGCAGUGGUAUAUAACGACUGCCAUUUGAGACAAGUCACAACAGAGACUUGGAACAAGGUGAUGAUCCCCAAAGCAUAUGGUGCUUUAGUUCUGCAUCAACUCACGCUGAAAAUGGGUUUUUCGGUUCGCUACUUUGUCAUGAUGUCUUCGAUAGUGGAGAUGUUGGGAAAUGAGGGACAAGGGGCUUACUGCGCUGCUAAUACAUUCUUGGCGAGUCUUUGCAGCAUGAGGCGAAAGUUAGGCCUUCCAGCCACUGUCAUCUGUCCUGGUAUCAUCAACACUGCUGGCCACGCGGCUAGGGCUGGCUUUGUCAGCCACUGGGAGAAAAUGGGCAUGCAGAGCCUACCACCCUCAGAGAUACUGAAGGGUCUUGGGUGCAUUCUUGCAACGGACUACCCACAACUUGGUCUCACUGGCGCAGUGAACAAGAAGGAAUAUGCAAAAGCAAACAGUCCCAUGUUAUCACACCACUUCAGUGAACCAGCUGGUACCUUCUCGGUCCUAAAGUCUCUUUUCCCAAAUCGGGAGAGCUUCCUGGCAACAGAUAAUGAUAUCCAGAUUAGAAUCCGCCUGCUUUCCAGAGUAGAGGCUCAUGAGUUGAUUUUCAAGACAUUGUCGGAUCAUCUUGUCCAGCGUCUUGGUCUCAGUGCAGAUGUCUGUCAAGAAGCUACUCUUCUUUCCAUUGGGUUGGAUUCCCAUAUGUCAACUGAACUAAGUGCGGUAAUUCAAGAGAGCUUUGGAGUGACCAUGACAGCCAUGGAGUUGCUGAACGACACUCUAACAGUGAAGGACUUAACGCAGAAUGUCUACACUAAAGUAAUGAGCAGUGCAACAGAAGAACAACAAGCGGCAUCCAGCGAGGACACAAUGGGAACUGCUAGUCAUCAGUUGUGGUUCAGAAUAGACGACAAGGUUCAGAAGCCUUCACAUCAGCUCGUCUGCUUUCCUUCUGUUGGUGGUGGACCAUCCAUGUUUGCAGCAUGGCAGCAACACCUCAGCCAGAACAAUGUGCAGAUUAUCUCCCUGCAGAUGCCUGGUUGGGAGGGCCGUGAGAAUGAGAAACCAUCACAUAACUUGUCUGAUGUCGUCCAACGUCUCGCAGAUGCACUCUUGCCUCAUUUGCACAAGGGAAAUUUUUCAUUCUUCGGCCACAGCUUGGGAGGUCUCACUGCCUUUGAGCUUGCACAGCUUCUGUGGAAGAACCAUGAUAUGCUUCCAAACCAUCUCUUCAUUAGUGCUUGGUAUGCACCGACUCAAUCCUAUCCACAUCCUGAAGAGCUUAAUAUCUCCAGCUCGGCCUUCCGUAAGAUGCAGCGAAUGAUCUCUUCCAGAGGGGACCCAAUGAAGAUCACAGAGCCUUUCCCGGUACGGUUCAGCUUCCUGGACCAGAGCACCAUCAGCAACCCACGCCUGAUGAUGCGUCUGGUUCCUAGCAUUGAGGCUUCUAUUAUGACUUGCAAGAAGUACAGAUGCCGCCAUCGAGAUCGCUUACCAUGCAACAUGACCAUCUUCGGAGGCAAGAAUGACCCUUUCGUCAAUCCAACUCUCUUGGACGAAUGGACUAAGCAGAUCACCAGCGAGAGCAACUUCAAGAAGUUGAUCCUCCCAGGGAAGCAUAUGUACAUCCUCACCGCGGGAAAGACUAUUCUUAAGGAGAUUGCCAGUACCCUGAGUCAGCCCCAGAAACAGGAUUCUCCGCCUGAGAAAAAGAAGGUGCGGAGCUACUCCCUUGGUGUGGAUGCAGAGGCUUCAGAGGCAGGACCAUCCGACGGGGCUUCUGCCAGUGCGUCCUCAUACCACGUUGGUAAACCAGUGCCAAAACCACGAUCAAGUUUCAGUUAGUAAUCUUUACAGUAUUGAAAACAAACAACACAAAGCAUAUUAGGUUGCUUGUUAUGGCCAAGGCUACUUAAAUUAAAUAGCAUCGGACAGUCUUAUUUAAAGAUUUGUUAACGCACUUCAAAACCUCUGUGGCCUAAGGCUGACAAAAACAAUGCUAGUAUAAUGCAUGCAUCUUCAGUUCCAUGAGCACACCGUAAAGCACAAACUAACCAUGCCUAAAACAUUUUAGCUUACAAGAAUAAGACUACAAACCAAAGAAAAAAGUUAUGUGUACUGUUUGUGACUGAGGCUGUGUCAGAUUCGGCUGAGGCUGUUGCUAAGGGCAGCCUAUCUUUCAACGCAGGUUAAAAUGUGGAUUCAGCCAUAGCAACGGCCACAGCCAUAUUUAGAAACGGCCUGAUUCACUGCCUACAUGUAUGAUUCCUUGGCAGAUAUUUGUUACAGGAUAAUAUUUGUUAUGGGGAUCACACAUGACGUACAUGAACAUUCCUAAAAAAGGCUUGCUGAGCUGGGUUCCCCUUAUUCUAGACAUAAAACCCCUGAGAUGUUACAAUUCAGGAGUUUUGUAGAAUAUGCGCACCAUCAGAAAUAGGAUUACAUUAACAAAAUUUUGACACUAUGUGGACGAUGUCUUUUUCCCUUUGGUUACUGCUUUUCUUCUUCUAAGAAAAAUCCUAAAAUCAGAAAAAAAAUGUGAGAAAUUAUUUUUAAGUACAUGUUAUACUGCCUGCGUUACGAAAAACACUUAGUGUCCAAUUAACUAUAACUAUGUUAUAAACCAGUCUAAAAAAAUCAAGCUUUUCAGAGACAUGAUAUUAUGCAUACAUUCCAAAGUAAUUGUACCACGAAAACUGUCUUACACAUAUCACAGAAUGUAAUUCCAAAGAAACAUGAUUUAAAAGGUAGACCAGUGGAAUCACCAUCUUAUGAGAAAGCAAGAUUUCUGGGAUUGGCUGGCCUGUGGAAGAUGUUGGUCGAUCCGGCUGUUUAAAAUUUAUUUGUUUAAGUGUGUUUUAUCCUAACGCUGUAUUCUCAGUGCGCUCAGUCCAGCCGAAAAAACAAAACAAUGGAAUACUUCUUGGAUGGGAUUCAAACCCAGAACUGUCACAUUCUACACCAAAUAUCUUAACCACUAGAUCUCCGAGCAUGAAAAAUGUUGAGAGCAAAUACAUCGCAGCCUUGAGGGCAAGCUAGUUUUAAUUGGAGUUAUAAAAUAAAGGUUUAUAAAGGUUUUGUGAUUUGGAUGUGUUGAAUCAGCUCAUAUUUAAUUAUUUGAAGUUAGUAAGUACAGUCAUAAAGAAUUAAAAUAAUAUUUGCCACAAUUUUUUUUUAUGGAUCCAUGAGAUGUUCCAAUUUAAGUCAAGAUUUUAAUGUUUUGUUCUCGAUUAAUGUACAUUGUAUUUCUAUUUUUAAAAUGUCUUUAAGGAUUCCUCAUAUAAUUAUGGAUUUUCAGACAGUAAAAUUGAAUUAAUAUAAAAUAAAAUUAAAAUAGUAAAUGCUCUAACUUUAACGAGUGCAGAGCAGAAGGUUGGCCGAGUUUGUGCAAUACUAAACUAAAUAAUAAUUAUAUAAUAGUUAAGUUUUUUGUAAGUUAUAAUUAAUAAAUUAUAUUAUCGCUGCAUGCAAAUUACCUAAGAAGUGUUUCAGAAAAGAAAGACAAAAAUUGUGCCUCUGAAAAAAAGAAAAAAAUCUCUGCAAUUGUUUCACUUAUCUAUGACCCAUUUUUCCUUUUCCGAAAAAUUAAUGCUUACGUUUAUCCAUAUAUUAUUGUCCAAGGCUAAUGUCUGACCUUGCAUAUUUUUAGCAAUACAAGCAACUUAAAAUGAUAAUUAUUUUUACCACAUUUGUUUGGAAAAAAGAAAUAUCGUAGCUCUGAGUAAUUGUAAAGGAAAGGCUGUAGCCUUUGAACAUUUUUCAAUAAAAAUAAUAUAAAACAGA